GCGUGCGCGGGCGGCGGGAAGCGGCGGGAGCUCUGAGGGGGCCGCGUUCCUCAGCGGCGGGGAAGGGCCGCGUCCUCGGGCUGCGCGGGCAGAGAGCCCAAGGUGCCCUUGAAGGGGAGAGCUGAGAGAUGUGGGAGAAGAGCGAGGAGUUUUACCACAGCGGGAGUGCGGGCCGCGCGGGGACGCAGGCAUCAGGCGGGCCUAGCGUGACUGAAACAGGAGGCCGGGCGUGGAGAAGCGCUUGAUGCCUCUUGGGAUGGCCCUCCCGUGCGGGCAGUUCUGUGAGGCUCCGUUAAGGGCGCGUUCCCGGGGCGCUUCGCUGCCUCCUGCGCUGCCCAACGCCGCCGCCAGGGGGCAGUGCUGCGCCGCCGCUGGGGAGCACGAGGGAAUGAGUGAGAGCGUCCCUAGCGCUGCCCUCCCCCGAGCAAGGAGGCUGGGCAGAAAGAGCGAAACGGAGCUUGCCGAGUUUCCGUGGGAAAGGAUGCUGUUGACUCGAAAUUAGGUAACGGGCGUGAACGUUGAUUACAUCAGUGAAAUAAAAACGCGCUUCCUCGCAGUGUUUCCCCUGUAGGAGCUCCCGUCUGGUGAAUGGAGGAAGGCUUUUGAGGUGUACUGUAAUAAGUAUUGGAACGCAACUUGUGGUUAUUAGCACUUAGAAGUUAGGAUGCAUGGAGGGCUGGAGCACCUCUCCUAUGGAGACAGGCUGAGGGAGCUGGGCUUGUUCAGCCUGGAGAAGAGAAAGCUGUGAGGAGACCUCAUUGAGGCCUUACAGUACUUAAAGAGAGCUUAUGAGCAGGAGGGAAACCAACUUUUUGACGUGGUCUGAUAGCAACAGAACCAGGGGGAGUGGUUUUAAACUAAAAGAGGAGAGAUUCAGAUUAGAUGUCAGGGAAAUUUAUCAGAGGGCGGUGAGGCCCUGGCACUGCUGCCCAGAGCUGUGGGUGCCCCAUCCCUGGAGGUGCCUGAGGCCGUGGAUGGGGCCUUGUGCAGCCCGAGCUGGUGCCCGUGUAGUGGCUGGUAACCCUGCCCGUGGUGAGCGUGCUGGAAUGAGAUUGUCUUUGAGAUCCCUUCCAACCCAAGCCAUUCUAUGAUUCUUCAGCCCUCUGUCCGUACAGCUGAGGAAGUCGUGUUUCCGUAUGUACAACAUGAAGUCACUUUAUCUGUCUAAAGAAAGGCUGCGACUACCUUGUGGUUUCCAGUUUCUGUGGCACUGAGAGUGGCAGUAACAGGAGGAAAUAAUGAGAAGCAUCUUUCAGAUUCUGCAACAGGGCUGAGAGCUGGGGUGUGUCUUUGACAGUGAACAGGCUUGAAUGGGCUAAAUAAGGCCUUGAUCAUCUUUGGGAAGAGGACAGCAAGACCCUUACACCUAAAUGUGAGAGGGGAGGAAAAAACAGCAACCCUCAAGUUAUCCUUAAUUGUUAAUUUUACAAUAACACAGGCGUUGUGGGCGUAAAGCUGGAGCUGCUGUGCAGGAAGCCAUGUGUUGUGUCCAUCCAGGUUCCCUGAUGGGCUCUUCCAUCGCUUGUUUCGCAGGGAGGACAAAGAACAGGUGAUCUUGAAAUGGUGCACUUAAUAACGUCCUUUAAGAAUAACCCAGAUGUGCGUCCCCAGAUGGGGACUGGUGCUUCAAGUGUGUCCAAGAAGAUGGUUGCUGUAAGUCAGAGCUGUUUCCCAAGCGCUUUGUGGAGCUGCAGCUCAGUGAGUGUAAUUUUCAGCUUGCCAGGCGAGUGACAGAAGAGCAAAAUUUCAGAACAGGUGUCGGAAUCACAGACAGAAUAUGGCUGGGCAAAUAUCAGAAACUGACCAGAUCAAGCAGUUCAAGGAGUUCCUGGGAACGUAUAAUAAAAUUACAGAAAACUGCUUCAUGGAUUGUAUAAGGGAUUUCACUACCAGAGAAGUUAAACCAGAAGAGAUAACUUGCUCAGAACACUGCCUACAGAAAUAUUUGAAAAUGACACAGAGGAUCUCCAUGAGAUUUCAGGAGUAUCACAUUCAGCAGAAUGAAGCCCUGGCAGCUAAAGCAGGACUGCUUAGCCAGCCUCGUUAGACGAGCACUGUGUUCAGACUUCACAAGCAGCGCCAGUGUUCACUGGGCAAGAACACAUUGUGGAUUUUCUACUGUCAAGAUGCAUGUCCAGCAACUCUGAAGAUUGUUCUAGAUGCUGUUUGGAAACUGGAAAGCAUGGAGGGUAACACAAGAGUCAGUGAGUGGUGACUGACAGCAGAGUCUCCUUCUGAGCUCCUUUUCACUCUGCAGUGAAAUAAUACUAACACAGUUUUUUUUCAGGGCCCACAGACUGCUAUAUUUAAAUUUCAGGGGGAUUAUUCUUCUGCUAGGACUGAUUCAGAGGCAAAAAAAAAAAAAAGUGUAAUAGGGAAAUACGCUUUUUUAAUUUAAUUCAAGUAAAAUAAAUGGAACCAUACACUUGUAUGUAUGCUUUUUCCAAAGCUAAUUUAGGAUGCUGUAUGAGAGCCACGUUUUGUUUGCAGUUUUCUUCCUCGUCAUCCUCCUACGGAAUCUCAUUCAUUCAUUGCUGACUGAUAGAUAACUCAACUGAUGAGCUUGUUUUAGCAGGUAGGGAUUUGUGAACGUGUUACGUCUCUCAACUCGGGAAGAACUUUUCUUUCAUUGCCAGCCACUCUCCUAGAGCCUUAGGAUCAUUCUGUCUGUCCUGGAGUGCUGGCUGCUGCCUAUUAGAGCAUCAAGCCAAGAGUUACAGUCAACAGCAGUCAGCUGCUGUAACUAAUGAGUUCAGGUAGGCAGGGGUGCCUGCCAGCUUAUCCCUAGGUUCUGCUUGCCUCGUGCUUCACCAGAUCAUCCACAAGCGACAGUAAUGUGUCCUUAGCAACACCUUUGCCAAAGGCAACUUCUCUGCCCUCCUUGUUCCCCUCUGGGGGACGCAGCGGUGUUCCAAGACUGGCUUUGCUGCUGGCUGUAAGCAUGAUGCACUCCAAGCACUGAGCUCGCUGGCAGGCUUCUCCUUUCUGGUGGCAUUCACACCAUUCAGUACGAGAUAGAUACGCACAGGGCGAUGCCUUUUUGUUUGCUGCUGAAUGAGCGCAGAGCAAAGUCUGAGGAACCAGUUCCCGUGAUGUGGUUUUGGCUCAGAAAAACACACUGCUUCUUUGGAAAGGGUCUUGCUCGCUGAGAUCCCACAAUCAGACUGCGAGUGCAGCAGAAUGACAGCUCUGUGCUAUUUCAUUAUCCAAUAGCUGUAUUCUGGAACACAGAAUAGAGAAUAGCGCAGCGUGCUUUCAUCGGUAACCACUGUGAUGCCCUGAUAGCUAACAUGCACGAUUUUAGUUCUUACUUACUAAUAAAAUACAGUAACAAAUGGAACUGGAUGUCAGGAUUAGCACGCAGAUUUUGAAAUAUCAAGCAGUGAAGACUGAAACAGAACCUGGCAGCUGGCAUGAAAUAGCUGUUAGAAAAGCAGCAAUAAGGAACAGGAAUGGCAGGAGGCCAGCCCACAUGCUUUUUUGUUGUUGGCUUCUCUGUAGCUUUUUGAUUUCCAUCAGUGAUUUUAAAAAACAAAUCCUGUCUUGAGA